GAGUUAGAGCGCAGAAGAGGCUUCUCAGCGAUACAACAAAGGGAACAGCAAAGUAUUCCACCGAUGGCAAUUUACACGUCACUGGCACUGCCAACCGUCAUUGUACACCUUUCUGGGGGUUGUGUGCAUUGGUCAGACGACAGACAGGCCCGCAUUACCACCGAGGUAGUCCGACCUAUCAUACUGAGAACUCUUUGGGAUUUGUCGCUAUCCAUGGGGCAAGGCACUUCGUCUCUGCAUUCAGACCCUGGAAUUAACUUCAGCACACCACCCGAUAUCAAGUCACCUCGAGGAGAUGAGCAAGGGCAACGGCCCUUCGGGUGGUUUAGGGCGAUGAUAAAACCAGUGACGCAUGUAGCCGAAUAUAUAUCAAGAUUGGAGCGCUAUCGCUCUCGGAUCUCUUGAUCGGGCUAUUCGAGAUGUUGUAUGCCCCUCCAGCAAUCUCACAUCAAGGGGAAUGUAUCCAUCGUUGCAUGCCUGGCAUGCAGCUGAUAUAUGUAUUCGAGAUGCGUGAUAUCUGUUCUCAAUCCCAACAAAGAAAUAUCGCUCGAGCAGCUGCUAAAA